CGUAGAUGCGUCGUAGAAUGGAUUGGUGCAUCUGUUGCUGAAAACGAGCUCACAUUCACAGCACAAGUAAUUGAGGACGAAUCGAAAAACUACCACGCGUGGCAGUAUAGACAAUGGAUCUUACGGCACUUUGUCUUCAAAGGCGAUAACGUGGAAAGGGCUAUUGAGAAGGAGCUAUCGUUUACUUCAAAGCUUCUUUUCGAAGAUCCCCGCAACAAUUCCGCUUGGAACAAUCGCUAUUUCGUUUUACAAACGAAUAACAAACUAGGAGAUCCGAAUACUAUCGAGAAUGAGAUCAGAUUAGCAAAACGGUUCAUAGAAAAAAUGCCCAACAACGAAAGCGUUUGGAAUUUUUUGGCAGGAUUACUUCUUCACAAUGGCUUGUCAUCACGAGUGGAUGUUGUAGAUUUUGUUGAAGAUCUGUAUGAGAGAACUGAAGCUCCUAAACGAGCUCCUUACCUGGUUUCGUUUCUCUGUGAUAUCUUGCUGGAGAACAUCGAGAAUGAUGUAAACCCUGCAGAGAACUGCAAGAGAGCGAAGGAGAUGGAGCACCGCGACCUUGGUCACAAAGUUUUGGUAGUAUUGGAUCAUGGUUCGCGCUUUGCCAAGAUGGCCGGAAAUGUGGGUGACUAG